GAUGUGGGAGCUGCAGCUGAAACAACUCUUGAAACUGUUCAGAAACUAAAGACCAAAUCACCUGGCUCUUUCAAUUUUGUGAUGGGUGAUUUUAAUUUAUGCAAUCUGAAAUCAGUAUUACCACAUUACCAUCAGUAUGUGAAUAUUAAUACUAGAGGGGAAAAAACACUAGACAUGUGUUAUGGAAACGUCCCUAACGCCUACAUAUCGCAUUUUAAAGCAGCCCUGGGUGCGUCUGACCACGUCGUUGUUCACCUGCUACCAAAGUACAAACAGAAACUGACACAAGAAAAAACAACCAUACGAAAAACAAAACUGGUGCAAGGACAGUACAGAGGAACUGAAGGAAUACUUCUCCUAUACUGAUUGGGAUAUCCUGAUAUCCUCACAGUCACUGAAUGAGGCCACUUUCACUGUAAGUGAAUAUAUGAAAUUCUGUGAAUCUAUGAUCAUUAAGGAAAAAACUGUCAAGGUGUACCCCAACAUUAAGCCAUGGAUCACUAAAGAGGUUAAAGCACUACAAUUGGAAAAACAACAUGCUCAACAAGAAAAUAAGAUAUACAGUCGCAGACUUGGCCUUCCACGCCCCCGGCCUUCCAUGCCCCCGGCCUUCCACAGCUGCACGCCCAUGACAUCACAUGGUAUUAAGAACAGAAAGAGAAGAGCAGUUGUACAGUUUUUCGAAAAGGAGCUGAAAACGUUUACGGAAUAAUGGCACAACAAAAUCAGCCACAUUUCUCCGUUUACGGAGAGAAUAUAAAACCAACACAGAUUAAAUAUCACAAUAUGUACAAGUGCCCACUUUGCAAAAAGAAAGGAGACUAUAGCAUCAUGCAGUCUCACCUUCAGAGCCAUGAAGACCAUGUUGUAAAUUAUGCAGGUUUUACUAUCUACAGAUGCAACACAGGGUGUGUCACAAGUGGCCAUUUCCAUUGUUGUUUGUGUUUAAAAGUCAUUGUCAAAAGACAAAGGUUUUUAACUCACUUACAAAAAUGUCAAAAAUUGGUCACACCCAUGCCCACUAGAGAGACUGCCCCCGCUGUGCCCGCCAGAGAGACUGCCCCCACUGUGCCUGAGAGAGAUUCUGCCCCCGCUGUGCCUGCCAGAGAGACUUCUCCCACUGUGCCCACCAGAGAGACUGCCCCCACUGUGCCCACCAGAGAGACUAUCCCAGCUGCGCCCACCAGAGAGAAUAUCCCCAGUACUUCUCCCAAAGAGACUGUGCCCUCCAUUGCUACAAUCAAUGUCAGUUCAGCAGCGCCUGUCACUAGUUUUAGAGGAUCACAAAUUCUGCAACAUGCAAAACAGAAGAAGAUAUUUUGUUCCUUUUGUAAUUUGAGGUUGUACAAAAAAAAUCUCAAGUUACAUAUAAAAAGACAACGUUCCUCAACAAACAUUGAAAUAAAUGAAUAUAACAGGCUUCCUUCGGUUUGUAUUGAUUCUAGAAGGGGCAUUUUUGCAGUGGCAAAAACUUCCACUGGACCUAGACACCCCAUUUAUGUUCAAAAGUGCACAUGGGGAGCUAAACAUGUUGUGAUCUGCGAGUUAGAGAAAUGCAAACGAGCAUCAGAAUUUUCUCAAAGGAGUGGAUUCAUGGGAUUUGAAUGCUUCCAUCUGAGGUCUUUGGCCUUCUCUCCAGUUACUGCUAUGCCAGACAUUACACUUCAGGAAGAAGUAUUAACUAGAAUGAUACAAGCAAAACGGUUUGGUAAAGAGACAAUGAAAACAUGUUUACAUCGUAAACAGAUGGCAGAAACACAGCAGACGCCAUUAAGUAAAGAGAUUUCUCUUGGAGAAGAAAAAUCACAAAUAUAUCUAUCAGUGUUUGAACCACGUAUGAUACAAGCAAAAUGGCUUGGUAAAGAGACAAUGAAAACAUGUUUACAUCGUAAACAGAUGGCAGAAACACAGCAGACGCCAUUAAGUAAAGAGAUUUCUCUUGGAGAAGAAAAAUCACAAAUAUAUCUAUCAGUGUUUGAACCACGUAUAUCAUUCAGGUCUCGUUUGGGGAGGGUGAUGGUUCAUUAUAACAAGAAAUGGAAUACCUGGCACUGUGCCUCUUGCAAGCCUGUAUCUUCAUGUAUACACAAGGCUAUAUCUAAAUGGCAUUUAUUUCAAACACGCCCUGAACACUUUAAAAAAGUUAAGACAAUAGGAAAUGAUGUUUUUGACUUUGUCACCAUUUACAGUGGCUCCUAUGAUUCUGAACAACAGUCAUGUGAUGUUUGCUAUCCUCCUAGAGGCCAUUUACUUGUGAGACUUGUGCAGUACAUUCAGAGGAAUAAAACAAUCCCAGAUGUUUUGCCUUGGGAAGUUUGUGCCACACCAAAAAUGGGUGACUUCCCAAUGCACUUGAUUCCAUAUGAGACAUUUUGUGCCCACUGCCCUGGGAAGGUUCCUUUGUCUGAUCCAAUUCCUAUUACCCAUAAAGGAAAGGUCAUCAUGUUCUCUGGUAUUGUGACAGGUUUGUCAUAUUAUGUUGUAAACAGUUUUUUGUCAAAUAUGUAAGUAUUUUUUAAGUAUUAUUUGUAUUCUGUUGUCUUUGAUCUCUUAAAAUAAGAUUUCUUAUUUAUUUGAUGUGAUGUGCAAAACUAUAGCACCUCCAUGUGUACAGCUACCUAUCAAGCUUAUUCAUAUUGUAGUUUUACAGUGACUUUGAGUACUGAGAAAAGCGCUAUAUAAAUGUAAUGAAUUAUCA